UGUCACUUCUGCACUAUCCGGUUUGGCCGUUUAAUUUUGUCAUUCUUAGUCACUGCUUGGCUUUAAAUCGUCUCCGAAUUAAAAAAUUAUAGAUUUUUUUCCAGCUAUGUGAUUUUAGUGUAAUUUGGUCAGACGCGUAUUUUGAUGGAUGUUGCGUUGUUUUCGUUCGUACAAAGAGGAAGUUGGUCCUCCUGGAAUCUCAGUUAGCUGACGUUAACAGCUGUGGAGACACGGUUAGCUAACUGCGCUAGCGUAUUCUAUCUUAAAAAGUGAUAAAGUAAAUGUAGUCUGCUCCGUUAAGAUAAGGGUUUGGGUCCCCGUAGCGUUGGUUCAAUAACGUACGGUCCUCUUUGUGUAGCUGUCAAGAUAAACGUGGUUUGAUAGUGUCACUGUCUAAAUCCUAAACGUCAACCACGAUUCUGUUGGCUGUGGGUUGCUUGAUUCCCUUCAGGCAGACGUAUGGCAUCAUCUACUGCCAAAAUGAUGGACUUUGAUAAUAUAUUGGACAUCGCGUCGCAAAACCAGGGUCUCAGCAGUGUACAAAAGAGAUACAGUCUUCAGACGGGACCACCCAAAAAGGAUCCAAGGUCUAAAGGUGUAAACCCUGCUGCUGUGCAAGCACUUCUAAAAAAGCGACAAAGUGACUCAAAACAGAAAGAAAUGGAAAGUAAGAAACAAAAAGAGCAGCUAUUGGCAAAGAGGGUUGAGUUGAAGUCGGAUCGUAAAGCACGAGCCAUGGCAUCCAGAACCAAGGACAAUUUCAAAGGCUACAACGGCAUUCCAGUGGUAGAGACGCCAAAAAAGAGGGGCUCAAAAGGAGAUAAGCAGGAAGAUGAUCCAAAUGACUCUGAAAGAUUUAGGAAUAAUGCAAUCGAUCCGUUAGACGAUGAAGAUAAUUAUGAGUAUGAGCAGACAGAUUCAGAGGGAGAGCCAGAGCCAGAGAUGAUGAGGCCACAGAAGACUAUGGGUGUCAGUGGGCCCAGUAAAUCUGUUUCUAAAAAAAUUUCUGGCCCACCCAAACCUCCUCCUGCUGCCAUGAACUUUGCUGAUUUACUCAGACUGGCAGAAAAGAAGCAAUUUGAGCCAGUUGAGCUAAAACCUAAGGUGAAAAAGGAAGAAAGGCUCCGCACAGCCGAAGAGAUACGUGAACUGGAGAUGGAGCGCAAGGCUAAGAGACCUGACAAAAGCAGGGACUCAAAGGUAGAUGGUGGAAGAGAGGGACGGUCUUUGUCCACUUCUAGUUCAGUUAGAAAAAACACUACAGAAAAAGAACAAAAACACAAUAAACUGCAAAGGAACUCUACAGAAAAGCCAAGUCUGCCCAGUAGAUCAGGGAAUAAGGUUCAAUCAGCUGGAACAAGUGACAAAGGCCUCUCCUUUUCCAAACCCAAGAUGGGCAUUUCUGCUUCACCAGUUGCUACACUUAGUAAAAACCCUUCAAAAGCCCCCUCAUCUCAGGCCUCAGCCAAACAUGUAAACUCCAGGAUGGCGCUUACCCAAAAACCCAGCACCUCAAGUGACCUUAGCUCAAGAAAAGACAGUUUGUCAUUGCAUCAAAAAGGAGCUUCAGGUAUUCAAGGGAACAAGCAUUCUACUGGAGUUGGAGCUGGCCAGAGGUCUCAACAUGCAACCUCACAGCAGACAAGACCCAGUCAAGGCAGUUCAUUAAAGCAGGGAUCUAUAGCUGGAGAGAUGAAAUCCAACAGAGGAGACCCACAAAGCUCUGGAAAUAAUCCUCUGGUGAGAUCAAAUGGUAAUUCACUGAGGCCGUCUUUGGGUGGUCCUUCUAAGGCAGGGAAGCAGUGUCAGGGGAGGCCUAUGGGCAUACCCCAAAAUAAACCUGGUGGUGGGCCACAGACUAGGCCAGGUGGCAGCGGUCCUGAAAGAGGUGGAUCCCGACCUCCAGGACCUCUUAGACCUGGUAAUGGAGGACAGGUACCAGGGCGGCCAAACAGUAACCUUGGGUCAGGGCCGGGCAGACCUAAGUGCACUGUUGUGUCAGAGACCAUCUCAUCCAAAAAUGUGGGUGGACCUAGGCCAGGGGUUUCCCCUCGGCCAGGCAUGCAACAGAGACCUGGGAUGAUGACAGGGAUGAGACCUGGGAUGAUGACAGGGAUGAGACCUGGGAUGAUGCCGGGAAUCAGACCUGGGAUGAUGCCGGGAAUCAGACCUGGGAUGAUGCCGGGAAUCAGACCCGGAAUUCCACCCAGACCUAUGAUGAACAGACCACCAGGAACCAUGUUACCACCCAUCACAAUUGCAUACAAGAGGAAGUAUGAGGAUGAGGAGGAAGAGUAUGACCCUGAAAUGGACGACUUCAUUGAUGAUGGAGGUGAAGAACAAGAUGAAAUCUCCAGGCACAUUAAGGAGAUCUUUGGCUAUGACCGAAACAGAUACAAAGAUGAAAGUGACUAUGCUCUUAAAUUUAUGGAGAGCAGCUGGAAAGACCUGCAGAAAGAAGAAGCCAGGAGUCUGAGAAUGGCUGUGCAAGAGGACCUGGAGGAAGAGAAGCGAGAGGAAGAAGAGCUGAGAAGAAAAAAGACCAAGAGGAAAAAAAUCAACUGAAGCUCAAUUCCUGUUUUGAUAAAUAAAAGAAUCCUUUGUCCUCUGAACUUUGGCACAGUGGCUUGGCGAUCCUAAAGCAUCGAGCCCACAUUUGACCAUGUGUUGUGAAAGAUUAUCAAAAGACGAUAUGCAAAACCCAUUGAAAGCAUUUAGAAAAUAAUGAGAAAUUCUCAAGUCCAUAUUUAUUUCCUCUACAAAGUUCUGGAUUUACAAUCUGGACAGAAUUGAACUUUUAACAAACAUGAAUCUGUUUUUCUCAUGUUACCAAUAACCGUGACAGUUUUCAGCAUAUUUUCUGUUACUUUUUUCAGUCAAUUAUUUGAACAUAUUGUUAGUUAUUGUGCAGAAAACAUUACCAAUUCAUAUGUUGUGUAAAAUAUUUUGACAGUAAUAAUUGCAUAAAUGCUUUUAUUUAACAGUAGUGAAUGAUGUCAGUUUUUCUCAGAUUUAGACUAUUUUGGUAAAUUUAUAUAUGCAGAAAUUUGGUUCCAUUUUUCUUUUUGAUUGAUUAAAA